UGUUUUGCACUUUAGUCAUAGCCCCACAGCUGACGUGAUGACGUGAUUGGCGAAUUACGUGGAAAUUGACGGGUUAUUCGUGGGAAUUUCAUUCAUUGUGGACGAUACUGCUUAUUGCAAUUAAGUGAGGUGAUCUCUAGCUCAUGAGGUAUAUUUUCUACUCAAUUUUGUAGAAUCAAGCCAUGGCUUUGGGGGCAGGAACGGGGGACCCAAGUCCUCCAACUCUACAGGAGUUGAUGAUAGAAUACACACUGAAUGAUCUAAGAACUGUUUGUGUGGUGGACACCAAUGGAAAGGUUGUUUCCCUUCGUGAGGAUGCAUACCUCCCCAGCGUUAUCAGCGAUAGGAUUAUCAACUCUCUGGCAAGGAGAGGCACCCUGGAUGAUAGCAAACUACAAGCUCUGUGUGACAGGAACAGAGUCCAGCUUAAAAAAAUCAAUCUAAGUCGGACAGCCCUUUCUGAUGAAAGCCUGGAGAAGCUGUCCAGCCACAAACUUAUCGAGUUAGACAUCUCGGAAUGUGAGAAUCUUAGUAAAGACUGCUUGCCGUCCUUGCUCAAGUUCACAUCCCUUCAGCUAUUGAACCUCCACAGGUGUAGAGAUGCCCUGGAGAAGUACGGACUUCCGUUAUUUGACUUUCCUUUGAAGAAUUUACGGAUUCUGAACAUUGGGUAUACAGACUUGAGUGGGGUACAACUGCAUUGUCUUGUCCAAGAGCUAAGGAACCUGACUGUAUUGGAUGUCUCAAAGGUGGUGAAGAAUGGAAAUCUUUCUUUCCUUGAUCCUGUCAGGCAUCAGCUUAGGUCUUUAGUGCUUCAUGAUUGCGUUCUUGUUAAGAGCAGUUUGGAGUAUGUAUGUACCUUACCACAACUCAGGCAUUUGGAUAUUUCUGUCAACAAUGAGGGUUACAAGCUUCCUCUGACAACGGCCAUGUUAAAGUGCCUUGUGAAAAGUCUCUCUUCGCUUCUCUCUCUUGACCUUUCUGGUAACGACAUUACAAAUCACACAAGAAAUGAAAACAAUGAUGGAGAUGCAAGAAUGGUCGAUAAUGGAAAUCAAGUAGAACUUCAAGAUCUUGCUCAAGGAAUAAUAGUGGACGAUGAGGAUGAUUCAUCGUCAUCAUCGUCAUUGGAAGACAGAGCGGAGGAGCUGGACUCCGAGUAUGAAGAGGAGGAGGAUGAUGCUAAUGGUGGUGCUAGUGGUGCAGCUGGAAGGGAUGUAGCAGACAGUAGGCCUGAUCAGGCUGAGAAACCAAUGGACGUCGACGACCACGAUGGUGAUGUGAACGUUGGGAUUAGUAGGAUGGAGGGUAGGAAAACUAACGAGGAGGAGGAGGAGGAGGACAUUAUUAGUAGUAUUGAUGGACUGAAAGGAUUAAGACAUAAGCUUCAUUUUCUAGGACUUGUUGGAAUGGAUGAGUGUGAAGCGGAACAUAUACCAGCUAUCAAGGUUGCUGGUGUUGCUAAUGAAGAUCAGAUCCUAGUCACCAUAGAGAUGUAUCUUGAAAGGAGAGGUUUCCUGCUGAAAGGACUUAACGCCUAUUUUGAUAUUCUCAGAGUUAUCAAUUGCCAAUCGCCUCUGAGAGCUGUACAGGGUAUAAUAAAUGCUAUGAAGAGGUAUCCCAGUGAUAGCCAAAUACAAAUAUCAGGAAGUGCAUCAUUAUUUCAUCUCACAAGAGGAAAUUACAAGAAACAUCUCACAAAAACAUGGAGACAAGCGGUAAUCAGCUGUCUUCUAGAUGCCAUAGAGGUGGUAGAUAGCGUGACUCUCCUACGGAACUGUGGCUUGACACUCUUCAAUUUCUCCAUCCCUGAAGACUUUCAGUUCCAGUUUGAACGUGUUGUCAAGAACCUUGUUAAACUGGCACUGACCGAGGACAGAGAGGGCCUCCUUCAACGAGUUUAUGUUCACAUGUGCAAUUCCAUUGUCUGUCAUGUCGAAGGCAGACAGAAGCUAUUGGUCGGCAAAUUGGGCAUCAUCACAUGUAUGUUGAAGCUGAUCAAAGAUCGUUUGGAUCGUAAGAUAUGUGAUGAAGUAAUGGAGACAGCAUGGAGUACUCUAUGGAAUGUAACAGAUGAAACCGCACACAACUGUGAACUCUUUCUACAUGGUGAUGGCAUGCAACUCUUCCUCAGAUGUAAAGAAACUUUCCGGUCAAGACCAGAGCUACUCCGAAACAUGAUGGGGCUUAUGGGUAAUGUGGCAGAGGUCAAAGCACUGAGACCGCAACUCAUUCCUCAUGUACCUGUAUUCGCAUCUCUCCUCCAGGAUAGAACUGAUGGUAUUGAGGUGAGUUACAACGCGGCUGGCGCCCUCGCUCACAUGGCGUCUGAUGGUGAGGAUGUAUGGAAGGCUAGUACCCGUCGGGAUGAGGUCUUGAAUAAGAUGGCUGAUGCUAUUGAAUCUUGGCAGCUUGACGAACAGAGGAACAUUAACUACAGGUCAUUUGAACCAAUUCUUAGAUUACUGAAUACCUAUCACACUCCUCAAGUUCAACUGUGGGCAACAUGGGCCCUGGCCAAUCUCUGUACAGUCUCAAGAGAGAAGUAUUCUCGUUUGUUGGUGAGCGAGGGCGGGCUGAAGAAGCUAGAAGACCUCGUUGCAAGACCUGAUACUUGGUCACGUGUGACCUACUUUGCACAGAUUGCUAUCAGACUGUCGCAGCAAUACAGAGACUAGACUCCAUUUGAAUUUGUUUUGGAAUCAAUGCUGAACUUGUGAACUGACGUGUUAUAUGGUCGCUAUUGUUGCAUUUUGAAUGUGAAGGAGCUCGUAACACAAGACGC